AUGAAGAAAUCCACGGAGAAACCGCCAGCGACGGCAUGCUACACCGAUGUUGCUACAGCCGAGCUGCAACAUGAUCGCUCCCCGAGAGCAUGGCUAUUCAAGAUCGCAUCUUUGGGUGUCGAGAUGCGAGGUAUCGCCCCAGUGCCUCUGCAAGAGCGAUCGGACAAGCGCUAUAUCAAUGUUUUCUUCGUUUGGCUCACCAUGAGUACAAAUUUGCUUCCAAUCGUGACUGGAAUGGUGGGAACGCUCUCAUAUGGUCUCAGUCUUAGAGAUUCUUCCCUUGUCAUCUUGUUCUUCGGCUUAUUCUGUACAAUCCCACCUGCCUACCUAAGCACAUUCGGUGCCAAAACCGGACUUCGGCAAAUGCUACAGGCACGCUUCACUUUCGGCUACUACCUUGUAUCUAUAAUCGUCAUGCUGAACCUCUGCACAAUAGCCGGCUUUGGGAUUAUCGAUUGUGUACUCGGGGGCCUGACUUUGGCCGCUGUCUCAGAUGGUAAUAUCAAUGCGACCACAGGAAUUGUGAUCAUAGCUCUGUGUGGUAUGAUAAUCUCUUUCGGCGGAUACCAGUUUUUGCACCAGUUCGAGCGGUAUUCGUGGAUCUUUGCCCUUGUCGCUAUCGUGAUUGCUACUGGUAUCGGCGGUCAUCAUCUUUCCACGAAUGCCGUAACGGAGCCACCAGCGGCUGCAACCAUUGUCUCAUUUGGAGGUGUUAUUGCUGGUUUUUUGAUUCCAUGGGCGGCAAUGGCCUCUGAUUUCGCAGUGUAUUGUGACCCGAGCGUUUCUGGAAUCCGCAUUUUCUCAUACAUUUACGCUGGGCUAUUGGUUCCAUCCGUCCCCUUGAUGGUCCUCGGUGCAGCAAUUGGUGCAGCUGUGCCAAAUAUUCCGUCUUGGUCGGCCGGUAACACUGACUAUAGUGCGGGUGGAGUUUUGGAAGCAAUGCUUCAUCCUGUCGGGGGAUUUGGCAAGUUUGUUUCUGUUCUCCUCGCAUUUUCCCUCUUAGGAAAUCUUGCAGCCGCCAUGUACUCCAUCUCGCUGAACUUUCAGCUCGUCAUUCCCAUCAUGGCACGUGUCCCGCGUCUGUUAUUCACCAUCAUCUACACAGCGGUCGCCAUUCCAGUUUCCAUUUACGCCGCAAACUCUUUCUUUGACAGUCUGGAGAACUUUCUCUAUGUCAUUGCAUAUUGGUCUGCGGCCUUUGUUGGCGUUGUCAUGACGGAACAUUUUGUCUUCCGCAACGCUGACUGCAACCAAUACAACCCGGGAGACUGCGAUAACUCGAGCAAAUUUCCGACUGGAAUAGUCGCAAUAGCGGCCAUCAGGCUUUCAUCUGGGUCAAUUGUUCCAUGUAUGAGUCAGAUAUGGUAUACAGGACCGCCCGCCGAGAAGACGGGAUAUUGGAAUUGA